AUGCAAUUAGAACAAAAUGCUACUAAAACCCCUGCUCAGCAAGCAGAUUUAACUAAAAAGAAGCAGAAAUUAACCGAAUUAGAAAAUAAACAAAAAAAAUUAGAUCAGCAAUUACCUUUAACUACUCAAAUCACUAUUUUAGAAAGGGAAAUUAAAGAGUUAGAAAAUAAAUCCGCUCGAACCCAAACGGAAGAAGCACUUUUAACUAGUAAAAAGAAAGAGUUGGCGGAAUUAUUGAAAAAAGAGGAUAGUUCUAAUGCUAGCGAUAGCUCUAAACCAAAGGAUAAAACUGCUCUUUAUGUUGGUUGUGGAGUAGUUGGACUAUUUACUUUGCUUUUAAUCUUUGUUCUUAUUAAGUAUCGGUUUAGUUAUGAAGAAUGUAAAGAAUGGAUUAAUAUUGGUGUUCUUCCCACCAACUAUGAUUAUGCUAAUUACUUACGAGAGAAGUAUCAAACUCCAAAACAAUGCUCAGUUAUAAUUGGUAGUGGAAAUCAUAAAACUGGAUUUGGCAAAGAAUUAUAUGGUGAACUAAUAAUUGAAAAUUUUCCUGAGUUAAAUGAUAUAACUUUCUUUAGAAGCAAAAACAUUACUAAGUUAAAGAUAAGUAACUGUCCAAAAUUAACUAGAUUUUAUACUUCCUCUAGUGGAAAUCGAAUUAAUAACUUAAUCAUUAACAACUGCCCAAAGCUUAGCAGGUUUAAUGCUGAAGGUUGUUCGCUUACUAGUAUAGACAUUGAUAAAAUUUCGUGUUCGAACAUUGGAGAAUUCGAUAUUAACUAUAACCUGUUAACUGAUUUUGAUUUUACUAAAUUGAAUCCCGAAAAAUUAACCUAUUUAAAUAUAGCCGAAGGUGGUGGAGAACCUAAUAGUCACUUCUAUGGUUCCCUAGAACCUUUAAAAAAUAUGACUAAAUUAAACUAUUUAGACAUUAUUAAGACAAACAUUGACUCUGGGAUAGAAUAUUUGCCAGAGAGUGUAAAAAAAGUCUACAUAGAAAGCGAGGAGGAUGAAGAUUUUGGAACAUUUUCUUGCACAAAACUUAUGGAAGAACUAAAAGAUUAUUAUUAUCAAGAAGAUGAAUUUGGUUACUAUGAUAUUCAAGCAUGA